GAUCUUAUCGCGAGGCCGCCGGCAGGCGAACUCGGAAAAGGGAAAACGCUGCUACUCUAUCUAAAGCCUAUACAGUGCGCGUUCCGUUUUCUGGAAUAGAUACGUAUGUGCGGACCAGAUUUGUAGCGCAGUUUUGUCGUCAGUCGUCCUCUGUUGUCGUUUCUUGCAGAGAGCGGGAAGACCAAUAAGGGCACUGUGGUUGCUGGAGAGCCUGAGCCAUGUCAGUGGUGGGUUUCGACAUCGGGGCCCAGGCCUGCUACGUCGCCGUGGCGCGGCACGGAGGUGUGGAGAUGGCAAACAACGAAUACAGCGACAGAGCCUCACCGACUAUAGUAGGUCUAGGGGAGAAGCGACGGGAGAUGGGCACCUCAGCUCGUAACCAGCUGGUCAUGAACCCCAAAAGUACCAUCUGGGGUUUCAAGCAUCUGAUUGGUCGAUCGUUCUCUGAUCCAUUCAUCAAACGAGAGAGGCAGGGCCUUCCCUAUGACGUCGUGGAGACUGGCAGAGAUGGACUCGGGAUCAAGGUACCCGGUGGAGAAGCUCCCCAGACCUACUCUCCAGAGCAAGUCAUGGCCAUGUUCCUCACAUACCUCAAGAAAGUAGCCGAGAGCUCCCUGGGGAAGCCAGUCGUAGACUGCGUCAUUUCUGUUCCGUCGUUCUACACCGACAGACAGAGAAGAGCUCUGUUGGACGCUAGCACCAUUGCCGGCCUCACCUGUCUCCGACUUAUGAAUGACACCAAUGCUGUUGCCCUGGCCUAUGGAAUCUACAAGCAGGAUCUACCCGCUGAAAACGAGAAACCCAGAAAUGUGGCGUUUGUCGACGCUGGCCACACCUCCUUGCAGGUCGCCAUUUGCUCCUUCCAGAAAGGCAAACUCAAGGUGUUGUCCAAGGCAUUUGACCCGGAGCUAGGAGGCAGGGAUUUCACACAGCGACUCGUGACCCACUUCAAACAAGAUUUCAGCAAACGCUACAAGCUGAGCAGCCUCGACAAGCCACGCCCCACGCUGCGGCUGUUUAACGAGUGCGAGAAACUGAAGAAGAACUUGAGUGCCAACACCACCUCCAUUCCCAUCAACAUCGACUGCCUGGCGGAGGACAAGGACGUCUCCGGACACAUGAAGAGGGAACAGUUUGUGGAGAUGUGUGAAGAUCUGCUCAAGAGAGUUAGAGCACCACUUGAAGACGCCCUGGCCAAAUCAGGUCUGAAGGUCGAGGAUAUAGAGGCUGUGGAGGUUGUGGGGGGAAGCUGCAGAGUCCCUGCUAUCAAGGACAUAAUUUCCGACGUGUUCAAAAGGGAUUUGAGUACAACUCUCAACAUGGACGAGGCGGUGGCUAGAGGAUGCGCUCUGCAGUGUGCGAUGUUGUCUCCCACGUUCAAAGUGAGGGAUUUCAGUAUCGUAGACAUCCAACCCUACCCCAUACGACUGCAGUGGCAGACCAUCAUGGAGGGAGAGGAUGGGGAAAUGGUGGUCUUCAAAGAAGGGGACCAGAUAUACCACUCAAAGAUUCUAUCUUUCUAUCGCAAGUCGUCGUUUGAGCUCCGAGCAUCCUACCAGUUGCCGUCCCUCCUCCCUUACCCCUCCCCCCAUGUCGGAACCUUCUCAGUGAAGGAUGUAAAACCCACAGAGUCCGGGGAAGCCAGCAAGAUAAAGGUCAAAGUGCGGUUGAGUAUCCACGGGAUAUUCUUUGUGAAGUCGGCAUCACUGAUAGAGAAGCUGCCGGCUGGAUCAGAGGAGGCCAUGGAGACUGACAAACCAGCCACUGUAGCUGGGAACAGUACAGACAGCAGUGAUGUCAGUCAAGGGUCAGAAGAGCAGCCACCACCACCAGCAGCAGCUCCUCAGACCAGUCAGGAGGAACAACCGAUGGAUGCAGCUCCAGGUUGGCAAAUGAGAAAAGUGCUCACUUAUUGCUUGCCCUGAACUUGAAAUGUCCCCGCCCACUCAGUUUAACAUUUUAACGGGCAGCUCCAAAACUAUAUCAUUUGCAGAAGUGUUCUGCCUAAAAAUUUCAGGCCCCUCCUUAUUUGGUGUUUGAUUGACGUCUCUACAUAUCUGCAGUGGACCAGACAGACACCAAUGCUCCUGCUAGUGAUGGUCCACCUCCAGAGACCCAGGAGUCUUCGGACAAGACCACACCCCCUGAUACACAACAACAGGCCCCGCCCACCACUGGUAAUGAGGGGGCGGAGCCUGAGAAGCCGCCAGAAGCCAAGAAGCCAAAAAAGCCGACGGUGAGAUCUGUGGACCUGCCAAUAGCAGAGGUGACUACCUCCCUCACUAAGAAAGAGCUGGACAACAUGCGGGAGAAGGAGGUGCAACUAAACUAUCAGGAUGAGUUGGAACAGCAGAAGAAAGACGCCAAGAACGCCGUGGAGGAGUAUGUGUAUGACACGAGGGACAAAUUGAGUGAUGCACUGUCUGAGUUUGUGACGGAGAAAGAAAAAGAGGGGUUCUUGCGAGAGCUGACGGCCACAGAGGACUGGCUCUACGACGAAGGAGAGGACCAGUCAAAGAAGGUCUACGUGAAGAGGCUCGACGAGCUCAAGAAGACGGGGAACAAGGUGGUGACUAGAGAGGUGGAGUGGAGAGAGAGACCUCGAGCUUUUGGGGAGCUGGCUUCAACCAUCAUCCACUUCGAGAAGAUUCUGGCAGAGUACAAGGAUGAGACAAAUGAAACGUACAGGCAUAUCGAGGAGGGAGAGAUGAAGAAAAGUCGAGGAGGCAGUCAACACUAAGCGAGCGUGGAUGAACACCAAACAGCAUGCAUGUGACUUAUCUCCCAAGACUGCCGACCCAACCGUCAAAUCCUCUGAAAUACGAGCAGAGAAAUCAAAUUUGGAAAGCAGUUGUAAACCGAUAGUGACAAAACCGAAACCAAAGGUGGAGCCGCCCAAGGACAGUGAGAAGGAAGGAGAGAAGGAGGGAGAGAAGAAGGAGGGAGAGGAAGGAGGGAAGGAGGGAGAGAAAAAGGAGGGAGAGGAAGGUGGGAAGGAGGAGGGGGAGAAGGGGGGAGAGGGAGGGGAGAAGAUGGAAGAGGACCAGAAGGAGCCAGAGCAGGAGAUGGAUCUAGACUGACAGCACACCUACUAGCCGCAGCGGAAUCUGUAGAGAACAUAUUAGGGCAAGGAUUUUAUUGCUCACACAACGGCAGACAUUGUUUCAUUGGCUACCUUUGCUGAUUUAUUAUGGAGCGUUUCUCAUAUGUAAUGGUGUAUGAUACCCAAGAACAAGGGAUAUUUAUUAUAAACGAACGAGAGACAUCUGAAACAUUGGUUGCGUGUGCAAGAGAAUGAUUUGUUGAGGAGUGGAGUCAUUAUUCAGGUUUGCUCUUGGGGUUGCUCGCGGCCACGUAGUGGAACAGCACCACUAGCAGGAAGAGAGUCACCCCCAUGACAUUGGCGAAUAUUGCCAGUUGGACGUCGCUUAUCAUCGCUCGCUGCCGUCACGAGACGAAGAGAGAGACGGAUACAAACUCUAAAGUCAUGGUAAACUGGUGGAUGGUAAACUCACCUCCUUUCAGCCCCUCUCCUGUCUCCACGUGUUUUU